AUGUACUUCCUCCUGUUAUCCUUGCUUGCUUCACUUGCAACCGCUACGCCAUUAGUCAAAGUACCUCGUCGUAGCAAUGCCAUCGCCAAUAAGUGGAUUGUAAAGCUCAAGGAUAACGUCGCUACGAUGGCCGUCGAUGGCGUGAAAUCAGCUCUUUCCACCGAGCCCGACUACCAGUAUUCGAUGCCUGGCUUUCGAGGGUUCGCAGGAACUCUAUCAGACGAGGAGGUGGCGCUGUUACAAGUUUCUGAUGAAAUCGAGUAUAUUCAGCAAGAUGCUGAGGUUUACACGACGGCACUUGUCAAACAGUUGAAUGCUACAUGGGGAAUAUCCCGCAUCUCGCAUACAAAGCCUAGAGAAACGACGUAUCUCUAUGAUUCCAGUGCAGGAGAGGGAACCUGUGCCUACGUGAUUGAUACAGGCGUCGAUAUUACGCAUCCUGAGUUCCAAGGACGCGCCUUCUUUCUGGCAGACCUCACUCAUGAAGGUACUUUCAUAGACGGCUUUGGUCACGGAACGCACGUCGCUGGAACGAUUGGAUCUGCCACCUGGGGCAUAGCAAAGAAAACUACAAUCUUUGCUGUGCGAGUACUCGACUCAAAUGGCUGGGGUACAAACUCCGAUGUAAUUGCGGGUCUGGAGUUCAUCUUGCGAGAUGCGAGAGAGCGUAAGGGAACGGAUCAGUGUCGCAAUGGCUUUGUUGUCAAUAUCAGCUUAGGAAGUGAAAAGCUUCCAGCGCUGAAUGAUGCUGCCGCAGCUAUGGUUGCGGAGGAUAUCUUUCUAGGAGUCGCAGCAGGCAACGACGGCGUACCGGCUGAUGACUUCUCUCCAGGAUCUGAGCCUUCGGUCUGCACUGUAGGCGCAACGGCGGCCAACGACACGCUUGCCUCAUGGUCCAAUCAUGGCCCUCGGAUCGAUGUUCUGGCUCCCGGCUUAGGCAUCACUAGCACUCUUCCCAACGGUGUGGUUGCCUCGUUUUCGGGUACAAGUAUGGCAGCUCCCCAUGUUGUUGGCCUUGCAGCGUAUUUGCUUGGGCUCGGAUCGCCAUCAAAGGAUCUCUGUGGUACAAUUGCUGCGUUGGCGAUCAAAAAUGCGAUCGAUCAAGAUACGCUUCCAAAAGGGACACCCAACCUGUUGGCGUUCAAUGGCGCAAAUGCUAGCCAGAAGCAUACGAAGCAUCUGUAG